AUGGCAUCAAGGUAUGUGCUUCUCUUCAACGGUUAUCUCUAUGCAGGCGCUAAUCAGAUCCUUGAGACGGGAAGCACUCGUCUCAUUCGUGACACGGCCGUGAGCCAACUUGCCGAUUGGCAGAAGCAGCACCCAGACGAGCUCUUCAAUCUUCUUUCUAGGGUCGUUCCGUAUCUUCGUCAUAAGGACUGGGAGACCAGGUCAACAGCAGCCAAGGCCAUCGGCAAGAUCGUUGAAAAUGCUCCCUUUUACGAUCCCAAUGAGGACGAGGAUGAUGUUCCACCGCCAGCGCCCAAGGACGAUGAAAAUGGCGCGGUGAAGAAGGAGGAGGAGCAGGACUCGUCCUUCGCACAAGAUGAGCUGUUCAAGCUGGACUCACUUAACCUCGACAACAUUCUGAACUUUGGCCGCGAACUGGUCAGAGGUGGCUCCGUCGAGUACAAUCUGGCGGCUUUGGACCCCCAAUCUCGACUUGCUCACCAAAAGAAGACGUUGAACGGACGGCUCGGACUUCUAGGUCGGAGAUUUGAGGACGAGGAGAUGCCCAUCGUUAUUGAGAAGGAUCCCAGUCCAUCGACACCACACGAUCACAGCAAUGGUAACGGCCUGUCACGGAGCGACAGUAAUUCUGCUGGGCAGGGCCAGUCCACAGAAGAGUCAGGCUUGAGCACACGACAACUUAACGUUCUGAAGCGCAAGCGGAAGCGAGAAGCCCAAAAGGCUGCCAAGGGUGGAUUUGGUGAUUUGUCCAUACGGAGGACGGCCACUGCAGGCUCCGAAGGCCUGGCAGACGAUACCCCUAUGCCCGAGGCUGAAUCAAAAAAGAGCGACUACUUCAGUCUAGAGCGACCCGCAGAUGUUGACGAGGACACGAAGGUUGUCAGCGAGUUCAAAGGCCCCGUCUUGCCCAUCAAGUCGGAGCUGGAAGCCGAGGACACCAUGGAAGGCACAGAAUGGCCCUACGACAGGUUGUGUGACUUUCUCAAGAUUGACAUAUUUGAUCCUACCUGGGAGACACGGCAUGGAGCGGCCAUGGGCCUUCGCGAGGUCAUUCGAGUACAUGGCGCAGGUGCUGGCAGGAUGCGGGCCAAGUCGCGCCAGGAGAACGACAAGCUCAACAAAGCAUGGCUCGAUGACCUCGCUUGCAGGCUGGCUUCUGUGCUGAUGCUCGACCGCUUCACAGAUUACAGCUCGGACAUGUCUGUUGCCCCCAUUCGGGAAUCUAUCGGACAGACUAUGGGUGCAGUGCUUCGCCACGUUCCGCCAGAGUGUGUGCAUGAUAUUUACAAGGUCUUGUUCCGCAUGGUCAUGCAAACCGACCUAAGCGUCGGCAAGGUCUGGGCUGUUUGCCACGGAGGCAUGGUUGGUCUGAGAUAUGUCGUCGCAGUCAGGAAAGACUUGCUUCUCGAGGACGGCGAGAUGAUUGACGGCGUCAUAUCUGCAGUCAUGAAGGGUCUUCAGGACCAAGACGACGAUGUGCGUUCCGUAAGCGCAGCCACACUACUACCCAUGGCCCAGGAAUUCGUCACCAUGAGGCCUGCCGCCAUCGAUGGCCUCAUCAACAUUGUCUGGGGCAGUCUGCAGGAUCUAGGUGACGACCUCAGCGCCAGCACAGGCAAGAUUAUGGAUCUCCUUGCCACGCUGUGCAGCUUCCCCGAGGUGCUGCAGGCCAUGCAAACAUCCGCCGACACAGAUGAGGAACGGACUUUCAACGUUCUUGUCCCCAGACUCUAUCCUUUCCUCCGCCACACGAUUACUUCAGUUCGACUUGCUGUUCUGAAGGCCCUGAUGACCUUUAUUGGAUUGGAAAAGCAGCGCUCCAGUGGAUGGCUCGGAGAGAAGCUUCUGCGACUCAUCUUCCAGAACGUCUUAGUCGAGAGGGAUAGAGAGACUCUCAAGAUGUCCCUAGAGGUCUGGUCGUCACUCAUCACAUCUCUCGCCCAAAAUCCUACAGAACUUGCCGACGCCGCGUCAGUCGAGCCCAUGAUGCAACUGGCUCUACACCCCAUUGGCGUGUCUCGCAAUCCUAUUCCCAUGAACGCCACGCUCUUCCAGAAACCCUCAGGUGGCACAUAUACUAAUGCCGCUAUGCCCGUGGCUCCAGUCAGGAAAGCGGCCUCGCCAGACGGAGAACGGGCAUCUAAGCGUCGGCGGAAGUCCACCAAGGUCGACGACGCUCCUGUUGCCACUCAUACUCACGACGUCGACGGCCACAUGAUGCAAGGUGAUGUCGACCUUGUUGGCAUGGAUACCUUGAUCCGGUCGAGAAUGUCAGCUGCAAAGGCCAUAGGCUUACUCAUGGCGCACAUUCCUGUCGACAGGCUUGCCGAAUACGAGCAACAUAUUCUGCCUGCUCUUGCUUCGCCCUACUCGUCGACAGAGCUCACGGCAUGCGUUGUCAUUGAGGAAUACGCAAAGAACUGUGCUGGCGAGGUCUCGCCACGCUUCACCAAGCCAGUGCAGAGCAUUAUCGAAACGGAACGACCCUCCCACUACAGGGAUCUAGUCAGCUACAUGCACCGUGUGCGGUCUCAAUGCUCACAACUGCUUAACAUGUUUAGAGAUCAUGGCAAAGUUUCGAGCAGCAAGCUGCCCACCCUUGCUGUCGUCGUGCAGGGCGAGGCAGAGGCUGGACCUGGCGCGUUCUCGGUCGCCGUGGCCGAGAAGGUCGUCAACGAGGACUUCGAUAAACUCAAGAAGGCCAUGUCACCCGGCCAGCGUCUUGUUGCAAGUCAGAUGCUGGCUGAGUCCCGAGACGUCACGGCCACAGCUAUUGCGGAUGCAAAGUCAGCAAAGGACGCCAGGGAUGUGCGUGUCAAGGCUGCCGCUGCCUGCGCACUUGUCGCCAUCAAGGCGCUGCCGAAGAAACCUAGCCCCCUCAUCAAGGGCGUCAUGGACAGCAUCAAGACCGAGGAAAACCAAGAGCUUCAAAGCCUCUCCUGCGUUGAGGUUGCCGAAACUCCCGAUUUCCCGUACACGCAGCCAAGACGAAUUGCAUUCUUGUCAAUGCAGAAGGAGGAAGAUAGGGUUGACCAUCCUGACGCCGCGAAAUGGGCGAGGGAAGCCAAGGCAGCACGCAUCACGCGGCGCGGUGCUAAGGAGGCUCUCGAAAUCCUGUCUAGGAACUACAGCGCCGAUCUGCUCAAUACCGUGCCUGUCUUGAGGGUGUUUAUGGAGGAGCCUCUUGUCAAGGCCUUCUCGGGCGAUCUGCCCGCCGAAGCAAAGAAUGCUGAAGAGACUUUUGGCCAGGAGAUUGUGGACGCCAUGUCCCUCAUCCGAACCCUCAUGCCAACUAUGGACAAGGCGAUUCAUCCCUUCGUCAUGGACAUGGUGCCCCUGGUCAUCAAGGCGCUGCAUUCCGAGCUCUCCGUCUUCCGCUACAUGGCAGCCAAGUGCAUGGCCACGAUCUGCAGCGUUAUGACGGUCGAGGGCAUGACCGCGCUUGUGGAAAAGGUCUUGCCCUCGAUCAGCAACCCUAUCGACCUCAACUUCAGACAAGGCGCGAUCGAAGCAAUCUACCACUUGAUUGCUGUCAUGGGCGACGCCAUUCUGCCAUAUACCAUCUUCCUCAUCGUGCCCGUCCUGGGCCGCAUGAGUGAUUCGGACAAUGAGAUUCGUCUCAUCGCAACCACAUCGUUCGCUACACUAGUCAAGCUUGUGCCUCUCGAGGCUGGUAUUCCGGACCCGCCAGGGCUGUCGGAGGAGCUACUCAAAGGACGAGAUCGAGAGCGUACAUUCAUCUCCCAGCUUCUCGAUCCCAAGAAGGUGGAGCCGUUCAAGAUCCCAGUUGCCAUCAAAGCUGAGCUGCGCUCUUACCAGCAAGAUGGUGUCAACUGGCUCAACUUUUUGAACAAGUAUCAUCUGCACGGUAUUCUCUGUGACGACAUGGGUCUCGGCAAAACGCUUCAAACCAUCUGCAUGGUUUCCAGCGACCACCACCAGCGCGCUGAAGAGUUUGCGAAGACUGGCGCCCCCGAUGUUCGGCGACUCCCUUCGUUGAUCGUUUGUCCGCCUACCCUUUCGGGUCAUUGGUCACAGGAGCUGCGGACCUACGCGCCCUUCCUGACCGUGACAGCAUACGUCGGCCCGCCUAGCGAGAGGAAGGCUCUGAAGGACUCGCUCGACAAGACGGACAUUGUCAUCACCAGCUACGACGUGUGUCGCAACGAUGUCGACAUCUUGGCGCAGUACAACUGGAACUACAUCGUCCUUGAUGAAGGCCACCUCAUCAAGAAUCCCAAGGCUAAGAUCACCAUGGCAGUCAAGCGGUUCCCCAGCAACCACCGAUUGAUUCUGACGGGAACACCCAUUCAAAACAACGUUCUCGAGCUUUGGUCCCUGUUUGACUUUUUGAUGCCGGGGUUCUUGGGCGCGGAAAAGGUCUUCCUCGACCGAUUCGCCAAACCCAUCGCCGCGAGUCGCUUUAGUAAAGCUUCAUCGAAAGAACAGGAAGCGGGUGCGCUGGCCAUUGAGGCCCUGCACAAGCAGGUGUUGCCCUUCCUAUUGCGACGUCUCAAGGAGGAAGUGCUCAACGACCUGCCGCCCAAGAUUCUGCAAAACUACUAUUGCGACAUGAGCGAUCUGCAGAGGAAACUCUUUGACGACUUUACCAGAAAGCAAGGCAAGAAGCUCCAGGAAGAAGCCGGCAAGGAUGACAAAGAAGCCAAGUCACACAUCUUCCAAGCUUUGCAGUACAUGCGCAAACUCUGCAACUCGCCAGCUUUGGUCAUGAAGCCAGGUCACAACCUCUACGACGACACGCAGCGUCUGCUGAACAAGCAGGGCACCAGCCUCGAGGACCCAGCUCACGCACCGAAGCUGACGGCUCUACGCGACCUGCUUGUGGACUGUGGUAUUGGCGUCGAGGGAGCCGAGUCAAACGAUCCGUUGUACCAACCCAUCAAACCGCAUCGUGCACUGGUGUUCUGUCAGAUGAAGGAGAUGUUGGACAUGGUCCAGAAUACGGUUCUCAAGAGCAUGCUGCCCAGCGUGUCCUUCCUCCGACUGGAUGGUGGCGUCGAGGCCAACAAGCGACAGGCGAUUGUCAACAAGUUCAACCAAGACCCCUCGUACGACGUCCUUCUCUUGACGACGAGCGUUGGCGGCCUGGGUCUCAAUCUGACAGGUGCUGACACUGUCAUCUUCGUGGAGCAUGAUUGGAACCCUCAGAAGGAUUUGCAGGCCAUGGAUCGCGCCCACCGAAUCGGUCAGAAAAAGGUCGUCAACGUGUAUCGUCUCAUCACCCGCGGUACGCUUGAGGAGAAGAUCUUGAGUCUGCAACGGUUCAAGAUUGACGUGGCGUCGACAGUCGUCAACCAGCAGAACGCAGGCCUGUCGACGAUGGACACGGAUCAGAUUCUCGAUCUGUUCAACAUGGGCGACACCGGGCCAGGUCUCAUCAGCGACAAGCCGAACCCGAUGGAAGGACGAGAAGAGGACAUGGUGGACGUGGAGACGGGUGAUGUGAUCACAAAUAAGCCGGGCGGCAAGAAGGCCUGGAUGGACGAUCUGGACGAUCUCUGGGACAACCGCCAGUACGAAGAGAGCUUCGACCUGGACGGCUUCCUAAAGACGAUGCAGUAGGACAUGGCUCGACGGUACGGCGAGGGACACCAGUCUUGCCGGGAAAGGAAAGGAAAGGAAAGGAAAGGAUGAAUGGAGUUUUCUGGGGUCAGGGGCCCGUGUUCGUGGAGAACCAAAGGGUCGGCGCUGUUGCUCCUAGCUCUGCUUGAGAGGGAUUGAUUGCUUUUGAUUGUUGGCGUGGCUAUUGUAUGUACCAACUGUAACAAUGGACGGGAACGGGGUGGUGGCGAGCGAUAUUUUUGACACAUCCGUGGACGAUGCUUAGCAUGGCUUAUAUCAAUUAACGUAAUGAUGCGAGAGCUGCUCGCAAAACAUGGGAGAUGAAACCGG